GUCUCCUUCCCCUCUCCAUCCGCCCAAAUCUUCUCCUGCGCCACCCUGAGCCUUCUCGGUCUCCAACCAGCUCCUGCAAUCUUCAAGCCCGCCGGCACCCAAUCCGCCUACAAUCUUCAAGCCCGCCGGCCCCAAAAGUAACCAGCGGUAGAUUCGAGUGAUCCCCGCUAGGAAUCCAUGGGAUUUGAGGUGGAUUUCCUAGGAGAGCGAGUAGGAAGGGUGAUGGUGGGGUUCAUGAGGAAGAUGAAAAAGCAGAAGGUGAUCCACGGCCCGCACGUGAUGCCGAGCCACCACGGGCCUCCUCCCCUGCCGCUCGCCGCCAUGCCAGGACGGCGUACUGGGCCUUGCCGGACGCCGAGGACAAGCGAGACAAUGGCCAUCCACCCUGGGCCAAGGACAAGCACAGAGCGACCAGCGGCGAUAACUAUGCUUGGGCAGAUGGAUUCCGCCGCGGUGGAGUUCGAGGAGAACAGUAGCUGUGAUGACUCAACAAGAUGGAAGUGCGGGACAAGGGAUGAGUGCAAUCGGCUCAGGUAAACUCCUCAUGUACACCGUCUGGCAUCAGUUCCAGUUGCGCUCGAAGCUUUCAAUCUCGCUGCUCCACUUA